UUGUAUUUAGAAAGUUAUAUUUAGAUUAAAUAAUUCCAAGAUUUUUUUUCUCGCUUAUCUCAAUUUAUUUUUAUUUUAUAGUAGUAAAGUAAAAUGUUUUUGCAGCGCAAGAAAUGUUGCAAUGUCACAGUACGUUGCAAGCAAAGAGAAUCUGAGCCAAUUUGUUUAAAAAUGUUUGAAAGAGAUAUCCAAGUUUCACGUUCUUUUGUUAAAAUGAUUGACUUGGAGAAUGAAUUAGAGGAACAUAAUGGUUGCGUAAAUUGUCUAGAAUGGAGUUCUUGUGGAGACUAUUUACUUUCCGGCUCUGAUGAUACUCAGAUAAUUCUUUGGGAUGUCAGAAAAAGAAAAUCAAGUGUAAAAAUAACUACAACUCAUCAAGGAAACAUUUUUUCAGUCAAGUUUUUACCUUAUUCUUCUGAUAACAUCGUUGCAUCUUCUGCAGCUGAUCAAGUCAUUAACCUGUAUAAUGUAAACACAAAAUCAGAAAUUCAUUCAUUCAAAUGUCAUUCUGGAAGAGUGAAAAAAUUAGCUGUUUCAAAUCAUUCCCCAUUUUUACUUUGGAGUGGUUCAGAAGAUGGUACCUUACGGGAAUUUGAUUUACGGGAGGCCUAUCAUGAUUGCUCGUCUUCUUGUUCUAAUAUACUUAUUAAUCUUCGACAGCAUGUAAGCUAUACUAAUGAAAUCAAAUGUAUUCAAGUACAUCCAACUUAUCCAGAGCUUAUAGCAGUAGGUUGUAAUGAUGCUUAUUUACGUUUGUUUGACAGAAGAAUGUUAAAGCACGACAAUGUAGCAAGUUUGAAUGAUAAAUGUGCAGAUUAUUUUGUACCUGGUCAUUUACUUCCAACAUCAUCAAAAUGUCUUAAACGAAGACUUUUUGUUACUACUCAUAUAUCUUUCAGUCCUUGUGGUACUGAGGUUCUCCAAAAUCUUGGGGGAGACCAUAUAUACUCUUAUAAUUUAUUGGAGAAAAAAAAUUCCAUUAAGUUCAAGUUUUUGCAUAACAAUCAUUUUGCAUCUCAUGAUAAAGUUGAAGAUGUUAAUUUUACUAAUAAAUAUGCAAAUGUACUGAACAAUGCAAAGAAUAGUGUUUUAAAUAGUAAAGCAAUUAAAUUAAAAAUGAAAGGAAAUGAAGCAUUUACAAAAAAAAAUUAUUAUAGAGCAAUUGUUUAUUACAAUAAGGCACUUGCAAUUUUUCCAUACAAUUCAGUUUUGUUAGCUAAUAGAGGAGCUGCUUUGAUUCAACGCAAGUGGAAUGGUGAUGUGUAUUCUUCUUUGUGUGAUAGUCAAGCAGCUGUGGCGCUUGAUCCAUUUCAUCACAAAGCUUUCCUUAGACAAGUUAAAUGUCUACAAGAAUUAAAAAUGCACAGUGAGGCCUUAAAAUGCUUUGAGUUAUUUAAAGAAAAAUUUCCAGAGGAGUAUAAAAGUGCUACUGCCAAACAACUAGAGGCAGAUAUCAAACAAUCUAUGAAUGUAAAAAAUGCAGAAAAUAAUUCUCGUUUACCAGAGAGCAAACAUAAUAACAAAGAUGAACAUUCGAGGCGAGAAAAAUCUUAUGAUUUCUCAAAUCGUUUUGUUGGUACAUGCAAUAUAACAACUGAUAUAAAGGAAGCAAGUUAUUUUGGCGCAUAUGGGCAGUAUAUUGCUGCUGGAAGUGAUUGUGGUUGCAUGUUUAUUUGGGAGCGUAAUUCUGCUAAUAUUGUAAAAGUUUUACAUGGAGACGAAUCUAUUGUAAAUUGUGUUCAACCACAUCCUACAACUUGCUUAAUUGCAACAAGUGGCAUUGAUCCAGUUGUUCGUUUAUGGAGUCCACAGUUCGAAUCAAAGAAAAAAGAACUUAAUAUACAAGACUUAGUUUGUUCUAAUCAAAAAAAUUUAAACUCUGAUCCAUUAGAUGAAAUGCUAAGGACUAUGGGAUACAUACCUGCACUAUCUGAUGACGAUGACAGUGAUGAACCACGCGUAAAUUGUGCCACAAGUUAAAAGUUAAAACAUAGUUUUCACCAAAAAAAAUUAUAUCAAAUAUAAUAACUAAUAAAAACAUAAAUAUAAAAUAUAUAUUUUUGUAUACUGCUAGAGUUAAUUCUUCGUAAAUCUUUUUUGUAUUAUUAGCUGUUUAUAUUAUUUAUUGUAAAUUUUUUUGAUUUUAAUUUGUUGACUUUUUUUAUUGGUUGCAGAAUGUGCCAUAUAAAACUGACUAAUAUUUAUAAAUAAACACUAACAGCUCUAAUGUAAUAUAAUUUUUAUUGUAUUUAUUUAAAUCUAAAUUUUAUCCUCUUGUAUUUAAUACUAACUUACAUUGUUAUUAUGGAAUCUAAAAAAUUUAAUAACCUAAUUUA